CGACCACAAACAAAAGCAACACUGACGACAACAACAAGCAGCAGCAAGCAACCAAGCAAGCGACAACAAACAACAACCAUGGCCGAGCAAGCAGCACACGAUGGGCCUCAUGCUCUGCUGGAGGACAUGUUCAGAAGGGCAGACAAAAACGAUGAUGGCCGCUUGUCGUACGACGAGUUUGUGGCUUUCUUCGAUGAUGAGAGCCUGGGAGAAGAGGAGAUGAAGGAGCUCUUUGGACGCAUUGACACGGACGGCAACGGCUACAUCGACACGACCGAGCUCGCCCAGUGGUUUACUGCAAACCUUGGCGGGACGCGCACGCUUUUCGAUCACCUGGAGCAGCUCACGCUCAACCUUCGCCAUUCCCUCGAAUAUGCCCACCAAGUGAGCGAAGGUGAUGACAAGAUGACAAAGGCGACGACAGCGUUCCUGUUGCGUCAGGCCGGCAGCCAGCUGUCGCACGUGACAGAUGAGCUCAGCGCCGCGCACGAGGACCUGCACCCGCAUGCGUCGCACAUUGAUCGCAUUGUCCGACCCAUCACCCACGAGGCCCAGCAUGUGUAUCACCAGAUGGAAGAAUACUCUGAGCGCGUUGCCCACCGCGUGCUGGCUGCUGUUGAUUCGCUCAAGCAGGACCUCAGGCGCUCCUCGCAAAGCAUCCCAUCAUUCCCCGCACGCCAGCAGGCGCAGCAGGCGCAGCAAAACCAAGGGCGGCAAGGCACCGGCAAUGGCGGUGGCAACGGCAAGGAGCAGCCGUCGCUGUUCACCGUUGUUGUCACCGCCGCGCUUGUGGCUGGUGCCGUUGUUGGUGUCACGUCUUCCCUCCUGCACCGCACUAACGCCGUGUGAGCAGCCGGGGGGGGGGGGUUGGCGCUCCCCUUCCUCGUCCUCGUCCUCGUCCUCCUUCUCCUUGCUUGCGUGUUACGUCGUUGUUCAUAAAGCAAGUGUAUGUUGUGUGUGUGUGUGUGUGUACGUCUGUGUGUGUGUUUGUUCGUACGUCUGUGUGUGUGUGUGUGUGUGUGUGUGUGUGUGUGUGUGUGUGUGUGUGUGUGUUCGACACCUGCUUUGCAUGAUGUCUUCUUCAUCCUUUCUGUGCCUUUCUUGCUUGCUUUGGGUUGCUGAAAAUUGUGAG